UGUCAUAAGUUAGCAUUUGAACGGUUAUAUCUCAUAUUGGCACACUAUUUUCUCAUAUUGGCACACUAUUUUCUCAUAUUGGCACACUAUUUUCGCAUAUUGGCACACUAUUUCCUCAUAUUUGCACACUAUUUCUUCAUAUUGGUACACUAUUUCCUCAUAUUGGUACACUAUUUCCUCAUAUUGGCACACUAUUUUCUCAUAUUGGCACACUAU